AUAAAUAAAAAUAACUCAGUGCUGUCUUUAAUUAACUACUGAAUAAGUAGUAAUACAUAUUGAAUAUAAUGAUAACAUAGUACAAUUAAAGGAGUAAAUAAUAAAAUAAUAAUCAAAUUCUGAUUUAAUUACGUUGUUAUAAAAUUGUAUUAUUCACUUGCAGAAUUCAAACGAACCGCGCUUUUCAAAACUUCCGGAAAUUAAUAUACUUAAAACUAAAAGUUCGAGCUAUCGAUUUUUCAGCUGGAAAGCUGCAGGUGGCGGUAGUUGUAUCCUUUCUUCCCGUGACUACAUCAUAGGAAAGAAAUAAUCAUGGCGGACGCAGCUCCAGCCGCUCGUGGAGGAUUCCGUGGAGGUUUUGGUUCCCGUGGUGGUGAUCGCGGUGGACGUGGUCGUGGCGGACGCGGCCGUGGUCGCGGUCGCGGUCGUGGCCGUGGCAAGGAAGACGCCAAGGAAUGGAUCCCCGUGACCAAACUUGGCCGUCUAGUCAGGGACGGAAAAAUCAGCUCCCUCGAGGAGAUCUACCUCUUCUCCCUGCCUAUCAAGGAGUUCGAGAUCAUCGACUUCUUCAUCGGCACCUCUCUCAAGGAUGAGGUACUCAAGAUCAUGCCCGUCCAGAAGCAGACCCGUGCCGGUCAGCGUACUCGUUUCAAGGCUUUCGUAGCUAUUGGUGACAGCAACGGACACAUUGGCCUGGGAGUCAAGUGCUCCAAAGAAGUAGCCACCGCUAUCCGUGGUGCUAUUAUUCUUGCCAAACUGUCUGUUGUCCCUGUACGUAGAGGAUACUGGGGUAACAAGAUCGGUAAGCCCCACACUGUGCCCUGCAAGGUCACUGGCAAAUGUGGUUCCGUCCAGGUGCGUCUCAUCCCAGCGCCCAGAGGAACCGGCAUCGUGUCUGCCCCAGUUCCCAAGAAACUGCUUCAGAUGGCUGGUAUUGAGGACUGCUACACCUCUGCCAGAGGAUCUACCUGCACCCUGGGUAACUUCGCUAAGGCAACCUAUGCUGCCAUUGCCAAGACCUACGCGUACCUGACUCCUGAUCUUUGGAAGGAGAUGCCUCUGACCAAGACACCCUACCAGGAGUAUGCUGAUCAUCUGUCUAAGAACCACCGACCUGUAGUUGGCUCAAGACCCGCUGAAGUUAACUAAAUAAAAAGAUCUUUGUUCAAUAAAGAUCCUUCAUGAAAAUUUGUA